AGGAUAACCAUGCUACAAACACACAUCUAAUGCCGAAAUGAACCUGACAACGAACUGCACCGGCGGGGACACGGGGGGCUGCGUCGAACUGCAGGAGUUGCAGGAUUUCGUGGAAGGCCAACAGGAAGACUUCGAGCUGUACCCGAUCUCAUUGGUCGUCCCGUUCACGGCCAUCUAUGCCAUGAUCUUCUUCACGGGCGUUGUGGGGAACGUCGGCACGUGCACUGUCAUCGCCAGGAAUAAGCACAUGCAGACCGCGACGAAUUGUUACCUGUUCAGCCUGGCUUGUUCUGACCUGCUUCUGCUCCUGUCUGCUCUACCUCCCGAAAUGUACCGACUCUGGUCCUCCGACAAGUACAUUUUCGGGGAGGCCUUCUGCAUAAUGCAAGGCUUCUUCGCAGAAACAUCUGCCAAUGCAUCAGUAUUCACCAUUACAGCAUUUACAGUGGAAAGGUACUUGGCAAUUUGUCACCCCUUUCUUUCACACACGAUGUCAAAGCUAUCCAGAGCCGUCAGGUAUAUAGCUGGCAUCUGGAUCACUGCAAUGAUCCUGGCGAUUCCGCAAGCAAUCCAGUUUGGUGUGCUUGAGGAAUUUAGGAACGGGAAGGAGAGGUCGGAAUGCACUUUGGCUAGGCCUUUAUCAGGUCACGCAUUCGAAAUCUCCACUUUUAUAAUCUUCGUGGGCCCGAUGACCCUGAUCACAAUUCUCUACGUGCUCAUCGCAGUCCAGCUAAGGAAGACCCAGCAGAUCACCGCCCACAGAGGGUCCCGAAACUUGCACCAGUCCAAAAAAAGACACCCGAGAACCACGAACGGGCAGCGGAGAGUCAUCAAAAUGCUAAGUGAGUGAGAUUUCACAUAUAAGUGCCGGUCACUGCAUCCAU